GUGGCUGUCAAUGUGGAUCUCACCUGAUGUUUUCUUUCGCAGUGAUUCCGAUUGCUUGUUUUCUGUGUUGCAGCCACUGAGUGAGUAGAAUUGAACGAAGGGUGGACUACAGUAAUGGCGGAAACAUCACUUCGUAGAGGAUCGUGAUGUUAACGAACUUGGAGAAAACCUGUAGAAUAAGACUGCAGUAAGAUUUUUUUUUGCACUUCAGGAUUCGGUCACAUUGUUAACUUUUUUCUGGAGAAGUAGUGUGUUCGGGUGGAGGAGUAGGGAAGGGGAGAGAGGACGAAGACAUGGUUGUGUGAUGCGCUGUUGAGGAAUGCGUUGGAUUCUGGGUAGAGAAAACCUUGUUUCUGGGUUGGUCGAGUGUAGUUUUUAUUUUCUGAGGUUGUACUGCGCGCCACAGGUUUCGUGGGAGCUAUCGUUGAGUUUGGAAGGGUGCGUGUGUGUGUGUGUGUGUGUGUGUGUGUUGAUAGGAGUUGAGGGAAGUGUUUUGAAGCCGUCGAAAUGACGGCUACAGCAGCGUUCGUCACGUCCUUGGUCAUAUCCUUUGUCAUAUUUGUGGUUCUUUUUCUUCUCUUUUUGAUUUUGUCGCGUAGACCGGGGAAUUUUCACGUUUAUCACCCUUUGCGUGCCUUACGCGGGGAAGGGCCAUUUGGUAACAAGUACGGACCGUUUCAAUGGGCGAUAGAUGCGUUUCGAGUUACAGACGAACAGCUCGUUGCGGCAGCUGGUCUCGAUGCCGUUGUUUACGUGAACCUCUUCACGACAGCGCUGGAGAUUACAGUGCUGUCGGCAGUUUUUUGUAUUAUUGUUCUGAUUCCCAUCUGCGCGACGGAGAAUAACAACUUCGAAAUGGCGAAAAACAAAAGUAACGAUUUCAAUUACUCGGGUUUUGACAAUUUGAGCAUGAGCAACAUUCCGAGCGGGAGUCCCAAGAUAUGGGCAUUCCUUAUUGGGGUUUAUUGGGUCUCCAUUGUCACUUAUUACUCACUGUGGAGAGCUUACAAGAAAGUUUUCUCCCUGCGCAACAUGAUGCACUCCUCCGAAGUGUCUCGUCCACAGCAGUAUACAGUCCUUGUGCGGGACAUUCCUGUCUCCCAGGAACACGAGAAACGCACUGAGCAAGUGGAGUCUUUUUUUAGAAGGGUGCAUCCUCAUUCUUAUGAGCGCUGCAUGAUCAUGCACGACUUCAGCGAGGCUGAAAGUCUGUACAACGAGCGUGAGGUUGCUUCGCGUAAACUAGAGCACGCCGAAGCAGUGUUUGAGUUGUCUAAAGGCAAACCAGGGAGUGAUGGCGUCCGACCUAUGCACAAGACUGGUUUCAUGGGUUUGCUCGGACCGAAGGUCGACUCCAUUGAAUUCUGGACCAAAAAAAUCCACGAGCUUACUCCUCAGCUAGAGGAGGCGCGUAAAAAAUGCAAAGCAGAAGCCAACGAAGACGCUGCUCUUGUUUUUUUCAAUGAGAGACUUGCUGCCGCCCAGGCUGCACAGUCGGUUCACGCAGCCUACGCUCUCGAAUGGCAAGUGGAGCCAGCCGCAGAGCCCAGGGAGUGUAUCUGGAGGAAUAUGCAUUUAUCUGCCUGGCAACGCUCGAUUCGGAAGCCCGUUGUAUACGUCGUGACAUUCUUCGUAGUCAUUUUUUACAUGAUUCCCAUUGCAGCGAUUUCAGCGAUCACAACCCUUGAGAACUUGGAAACGGUCCUUCCGUUCAUCAAAUCCAUCACCCGCAUCAAAGCUUUGAAUGCCAUAUUGCAAGCGUACCUGCCACAACUUGCUCUCAUUGUCUUCCUGGCGCUGCUACCGAAACUGCUUUUGACGUUGUCCAAAGCAGAAGGAAUUCCGUCUAAGAGUCACAUUUCACGAGCUGCAUCUGGAAAAUACUUCUAUUUCAUGAUCUUCAAUGUAUUCUUAGGAGUCACAAUUUUUGGUGCCGUUUUCUCAAGUUUUAAAGGUUUCAAAGUUUUGAUCGACCAGCAGCAACUCUCUGUGAGUAAGGUCGUCGAAUUAUUUGGUACCAAGCUGCCUCCAGUUUCGACCUACUUCAUCACAUACGUUGCCCUGAAGUUCUUUGUUGGUUAUGGGUUGGAAAUUUCACGUAUCAUUCCACUCAUAAUUUAUCACAUCAAACGUAAGUUUCUCUGCAAGACAGAGCGGGAGCUGGAAGACGCCUGGGCCCCGGGAUCAUUCUCUUAUCACACCAGUGUUCCAUCGGACCUGCUAGUUGUGACAUUGACUCUUAGCUACUCGGUCAUUGCUCCCAUGAUCCUCGUCUUCGCCUUUCUUUACUUCGCCAUUGGAUGGUUGGUGAUGCGCAAUUCGGCUCUGAAUGUAUAUGUCCCCGAAUGGGAAAGCAACGGAAGGAUGUGGCCACACAUUCACAACCGUAUCCUUGUGGCUCUUCUUGUGUCCCAAAUUACGGCUCUGGGAUUUUUCGCAGUGAAAAAGUUCCCUUACACAGUAUUCCUGAUCUUUCUACCACUAGCAACAUUUGCGUUCUACCUCUAUUGCAAGAGAAACUUCUACAAAUCGUUUGCAGUUGUUUCUCUGUACGUAGCAAGCCAACCAGUGAAAGAGACGCCGUCCAUGGACACGAUUGUUCAAGCUUACACACCCACUUGCUUGUUGGAGGGCGAUCAGUUCGAAGAUGCAGAUUUCCAGGAUGCUAGAUCCAACAUGACGUCGAGGACUAACUCCGGCAUUGCAACCCCAGCUGAGCGAAAUGUUUGAAUUGUAGGCACAACGAUUAGUUAGUCGUAGAGAUAAUAAGUGUGCACCUGUUCGAUUGAUUGUUGCGCACUGAAAGUCUUCCAUCUUGUAAUUCUAUCCCUUUCUUUGUCAUUUAAUUGCCUGUCACUGGCCUUCUCAUCUUUCCAUCCAGUUACUAGCCAAAAAUAUGUACGAUAGUAGACAACAUGCUCAAAAUUACCGUCAGUAGGUGAGAACUCCUUAUGGACUGUACAAUGAGAGUAUAUAAAAUGUGUUUCAACUGAUCACGUCUCUAA